AUGCUUCUAGCGAUCGUGGCAGGAGUAUUGCUCUCCCUGGCCAUUUCUAUACCGGUAUUGAUAUUUAUCUCACCAUCUCGCUAUGGUCGGAAUAUACCCACAUCUCCAGGUUUCCCAUCAAAAUCCAAAGAACCGAUUCUCGAACCUCCUUCUGUUCAGAUCGUCGUGCUUGGAGAUAUUGGUCGCAGCCCACGGAUGCAGUACCAUGCAUUGAGUUUCGCGAAACAUGGUGGAAUUGUAUCAAUCAUUGGACAUGCCGGUUCCAACAUCCACCCAGAUCUGGUGGACCAUCCUCGAGUCUCCAUUAUCUCUUUAGCCUCACCUCCAAGCUUCCUACAAACUCACAACAAGUAUCUGUUUCCAUUUGUUGCUUUUCUGAAGUUGUUACACCAAACCUGGCUUUUGUGGCUUGCCUUAGCAUAUCACUCCAGGCCCGCACAAUGGAUGUUGGUUCAGAACCCACCCACUGCUCCAACUUUAGUGGUAGCCCAAGUUGUUUGCCAACUUCGCAAAACGAACCUCGUUAUCGACUGGCAUAAUUUUGGGUACUCCAUCUUGGCGUUGAAACUUGGUGAUGGUCACCCAAUGGUUAAGAUAAAUAAAUCCCAUGAGUCCACAUUUGGUCGUUUCUCCUCUGCACAUUUUUGCGUUAGUAAUGCCAUGGCAAGGCGGUUACGUGAUGAUUUAAAAAUCAAAACACCUAUUCUCGUUUUGCACGACCGGCCACCGUCCUGUUUCCAGCCUUUUCGAAAUGACGAGCAAAAGUAUGCGUUCCUGUCGUCUCUUUCGGAAACAGCUGAAUUCGUCGGAGAUCUGAGGGCGGGAACUUGCCGUCUUCUAGUCAGCUCUACUUCAUGGACACCGGAUGAAGACUUUUCGAUUCUAAUCGACGCAUUAUGCCGCUAUUCAGCCAUGGCUUCGACAAGAAACCUUGGCCUCCCACGGUUGGGCGUCAUCAUAACUGGGAAGGGUCCACAGCAGCAAAUGUACCUUUCCCGGAUUGCAAAAUUAAGAGGCCAGGGCAAGCUUGAAAACGUGAAAAUUAAAACGGCAUGGCUAAGUUUAGAAGAGUACGCUCAGCUUCUCGCGAGCGUUUCUCUUGGUGUAUGUUUGCAUACUAGCAGCAGCGGCGUUGACCUACCAAUGAAAGUUGUGGAUAUGUUUGGAGCUGGACUCCCGGUGGUCGGCUGGAACAAAUAUGAGGCAUGGCCAGAAUUGGUAUCUCAAGGAGUCAACGGCCUUGGGUUUGGGAGCACCGAUGAACUUGUUACUCACCUGGUUGAUUUAUUUGGUGGGACCGAGGAGAAACUCUCCUUACUUCGUCAAGGUGCACUCCAAGAAAGCGAACGGCGAUGGGAUGACGAAUGGGAUCCAGUUGCUGGAAAGUUAUUCGGACUACCUUACAAUCCCUAGACCAAAAAUAUCUACAUGGGUACAUCUGUCCGUCCUUGAUAGGAAGAUACACACAAGUGGAUACUACCACUUCCGUUAAAUGAUCCAUCAAUAUUUAUUACUUAUUUGACAGCAGCUGUUAUUUGCGGGGUGAGGAAAGAGGGUGAAUUAUAUAAUAAUAUAUAGUCUUUUGGUUCGCGCUCCAGGAUCCACAGAUACCAGGGAAUUUCUUUCCUCCCAAAGUCUCAGGGCAUCUCGAUAAACCGUCCAUCAAGUCCUUGCUCUCUACUUAGCCAGUUAGAAGUACAGGAACUGUACAUUCACGCAUCAUGAAUGUACUGGGAGACAACAGGUAGCGAAACUACCCUUUGAAUUUCAACAAUAUCAGCAUUCUGUUUUGGAAGGAUGUUGAUACGAAACCGAAUCUUGGCCAUCUCUCAGUUAUCCAGGUGUUAUCUCCUUCACUUUCAACCUGUGUGAAUCAUGCACCUAACUAUUUAUGGCUUGAAGAUCAUGCUCGCAUUUGUUAUUUCCAACCGCCUUCCUGAUGGGAGCUAAGCUACACAUACUCUUGUGCCAGCAAGAGCUCAAAAAUAGACAAAACAUUCCUUAAAG